GGUCAUUGUCGGGGUGCUGCGGGGAGAGUUUGUCCCGCAGCUGCAGCUCGGUGCGGGAUCAGAUGCUGCUGAGAGGAGGUGGAGGAGGACCGGAGAACACCGACACACCGAGAGAGCGACAGCUGCCACUCACUGAGAGAGAGAGACAGAGACAUGUCUGUCUCUACACAGCUGGGUCUGCUGCUGUGGAAGAACUUCACCUACAGACGCCGACAGACGCUUCAGCUCCUGGUGGAGAUCAUCUGGCCACUGCUGAUCUUCUUCAUCCUCAUCGCCGUGCGGGUCAACUACCCUCCAUAUGAACAGCAUGAGUGUCAUUUUCCCAACAAGGCGAUGCCAUCGGCCGGCACACUGCCCUGGCUUCAGGGAAUCCUCUGCAACGCCAACAACCCCUGCUUCAGAAACCCGACGCCCGGCGAGUCUCCGGGAGUCGUCGGAAACUUCAACGACUCCAUAAUUUCUCGUCUGUUUUCAGACGCCAAGAAGAUUCUCCUGUACAGUCAGAACGAUAAAAACCUGGACGGAUUCAAGGAGCUCACUCAGGCUCUGCAGGCGCUGCAAAACAGCCAGUCAGGAUUCCAGCUGAAGCACUUCCUGCGGGACAAUGAGACUCUGUCUGCGUUCCUGCGGAGCAACGCCUCCUUCCCCGAGCUCAGCGUGGAGCACAUCAGGGAGGCCCACGUCAACCUGGAGAAGGGGGAGGUGAAGUCCGAUCCCGACGCCGUCAAACAGGUUGCCAGGGCGACCAACAAUCUCCUGGACAGUCUGGGUUCGCUGGCAGUAGAGCUGGCUGGUAUGAAGAGCUGGAUCGACCUGAGGAACGAGAUCAUCUUCCUGACGCAGAACGCCACGUCGUCGCCCAGCACCAUGUACCAGGCGGUCUCCAGGAUCGUGUGCGGCCACCCCGAGGGCGGCGGCCUGCAGAUCAAAUCCCUCAACUGGUACGAAGACAGCAACUACAAAGCUCUGUUCGGAAACCACAACAGCAGCGAGGACGAGCCUGCGGCGCUCUAUGACAACUCCUCCACUCCGUACUGUAACAGUCUGGUGAAGAACAUGGACUCAAACCCGAUGUCCAGGAUGAUCUGGCAGGCUCUGAAGCCCCUGCUGAUGGGGAAGAUCCUUUACACCCCCCACACCCCCGCCACCCAGAGGGUCAUCCACGAGGUGAACCGGACCUUUCAGGAGCUUGGUGUGUUCAGGGACCUCGGCGGGAUGUGGGAAGAAAUGAGACCAAAAGUGUGGAAAUUCAUGGAGAACAGCGAGCAGAUGGACAUCAUCAGGACUCUGCUGAAGAACAACGUCACUGCCCGCUUCUUCCACGCUCAGCUGACCGACACCGACUGGACCGUCGCCGAUAUCUCCAACUUCCUAUCCAAGCAGGCAGAGGACCCAAGGCCGUCGGGCAGCGCCCUCACCUGGAGGGACGUGUUCAAUGAGACUGACCAGGCCAUCAUGAGCAUCUCCCGCUUCAUGGAGUGUGUGAACCUCGACAAACUGGAGCCGGUCUCCACUGAGGAACGACUGGUCAACCAAUCCAUUCUGCUGCUGGAGGACAGGAAGUUCUGGGCGGGUAUCGUGUUCCCGGACGUCGACCCCAACGCUACCGAGCUGCCGGCCAAACUCAACUACAAGAUCCGCAUGGACAUCGACAAUGUGGAGCGGACCAAUAAGAUCAAAGACGCGUACUGGGAUCCAGGUCCUCGUGCUGACCCGUUUGAGGACAUGCGGUACAUCUGGGGCGGGUUCUCAUACCUGCAGGACGUUAUUGAGCAAGGCAUCAUCAGAGCGAUGACGGGCACCAAGGAGAAGACAGGCGUCUACAUCCAGCAGAUGCCGUAUCCCUGCUACGUAGACGACAUUUUCCUGCGGGUGAUGAGCCGCUCCAUGCCUCUCUUCAUGACUCUGGCCUGGAUGUACUCGGUGGCGAUCAUCCUGAAGAGCGUGGUGUAUGAGAAGGAAGCCAGGCUGAAGGAGACGAUGAGGAUUAUGGGAUUGAAUAACGGCAUCCUGUGGUUUAGCUGGUUCAUCAGCAGCCUGAUUCCUCUGCUGAUCAGCGCUGGACUGCUGGUGCUGCUGCUCAAGAAGGGGAACCUGCUGCCCUACAGCGACCCUGGAGUGGUCUUCCUAUUCCUGGGUUCCUUCGCCGUGGUAACCAUCAUGCAGUGCUUCCUCCUCAGUACGGCCUUCGCCCGCGCUAACCUGGCCGCCGCCUGCGGAGGAAUAAUCUACUUCACCCUUUACCUGCCCUACGUGCUCUGCGUUGCUUGGCAGGACUACAUUGGCUUCGGAGCCAAAGUCUUCGCCAGCCUUCUGUCUCCUGUGGCGUUUGGGUUCGGCUGUGAGUACUUUGCUCUGUUCGAAGAGCAGGGAGUCGGUAUCCAGUGGAAAAACCUGGUCUCGAGUCCUCUGGAGGAGGACGACUUCAGCCUCCGCACCGCCAUCAUCAUGAUGUACUUCGACUCCAUCUUGUACGGAGUCCUCACCUGGUACAUCGAGGCUGUGUUUCCAGGUCAGUAUGGGAUCCCUCGACCCUGGUAUUUCCCCUUCACCAAGUCCUACUGGUUCGGAGAGAAAGACACAAAGUCCAACAAGGUCCCUCUGAACCGGAAAGAAAACGCAGAAGCUGUGUGUAUAGAGGAGGAGCCUGCUCACCUGGAGCCCGGUGUCUACAUCGAGAACCUGGUGAAGGUUUAUCGGCAUGGGAAGAAACUGGCGGUGGAUGGACUGACACUCGGCUUCUACGAGGGACAAAUCACCUCCUUCCUGGGACACAACGGAGCUGGGAAAACCACCACCAUGUCCAUCCUGACCGGUCUGUUCCCUCCAACCUCUGGUACCGCAUACAUCCUAGGCAGAGACAUCCGGACUGAACUGAGUGCCAUCAGACAGAGUCUGGGAGUCUGUCCCCAACACAACGUCCUCUUCAGCAUGCUGACGGUGGAAGAACAUAUCUGGUUCUAUGGCCGGCUCAAAGGCCUCUCAGAGGAACAGGUCAAAGGUGAGAUCCAGCAGAUCCUGCAGGACACCGGGCUACCGCACAAACGCACCUCCAGGGCCAGCGCACUGUCCGGGGGCAUGCAGAGGAAGCUAUCUGUGGCUCUGGCCUUUGUAGGUGGGUCAAAGGUUGUGAUCCUGGAUGAGCCAACUGCCGGCGUCGACCCCUACGCCCGCAGAGGGAUCUGGGAUCUGCUGCUUAAGUACAGACAGGGUCGGACCAUCAUCCUGUCCACGCACCACAUGGACGAGGCAGACAUCCUUGGCGACCGGAUCGCCAUCAUCUCCCACGGGAAGCUGUGCUGCGUGGGCUCAUCCCUGUACCUGAAGAACCAGCUGGGGACAGGCUACUACCUGACGCUUGUGAAGAAAGAACCAGAGCCUUCCCUCAGCUCCUGCAGGAACUCAUCCAGCACCGUGUCCUUCAGCAAGAAGGAGGAGGAGUGCGCCUCGGUCAGCAGCAGUGAUGCCGGACUCGGCAGCGAACAUGAAAGUGAGGCCGCUACCAUCGAGAACGGCCCUGCGGCGUCCAUCUGUGAUGUCCCCUUCAUCCACCCUGACGUGUCCCUGGUCUCGGGUCUGAUCCUGUGUCAUGUCCCCGCCGCCCGUCUGGUGGAGGACCUUGGACACGAGCUGACCUAUGUCCUGCCCUACAGUGCCGCCAAGGACGGGGCCUUCGUGAAGCUCUUCAAAGACCUGGACCUCAAGCUGCCUGACCUCGGCAUCUCCAGCUACGGAGUGUCUGACACCACGCUGGAGGAGAUUUUCCUGAAAGUGGCUGAAGAUAAUGGAGUCGACACCGAAGUGCCUUCAGAUGGGACACUUCCUGUUCGGAGGCGGAGGAGGACUCACGCCUUCGGUGGAGGAGACCAUCAGAGCUGUCUGAGACCUCUAACGGAGGACGACAACAAUGACUGCAACGAGUCUGACGGAGAUCCUGAGUGCCGGGAGACAGACUGGCUGAACUGCACUGACGGUAAGGGCUCGUACCAGGUGAGCGGGUGGAGUCUGAGGAGGCAGCAGUUUGUGGCUCUGAUUUGGAAACGUUUUUUGUACGCUCGACGCUCCAGGAAGGGCUUCUUCGCUCAGAUUGUUCUUCCUGCUGUAUUCGUGUGCAUCGCUCUGGUCUUCAGUCUCAUCGUCCCCCCAUUUGGAAAAUAUCCAAGUCUGGAGCUGCAGCCCUGGAUGUACGAGGACCAAGUCACCUUCAUCAGUGACGACGCUCCCGGAGACGCUAACAUGCAGAAGUUAUUGAGCGCUCUGUUGGACACUCCAGGCUUUGGGACUCGCUGCAUGGACGGACAUCCCAUCCCAGAGGCCCCCUGUACAAUGGGCGAUGAGGACUGGCAGACUCCUGAGGUCCCAGAGAGCGUCCAGCAGAUCUUCAGCUCCGGUAACUGGACCAUGGACAAUCCGUCUCCAGCUUGUUUCUGCAGCUGCGACGGCAAGAAGAAGAUGCUUCCGGACUGUCCCGCUGGAGCUGGAGGACUGCCCCCCCCUGAGAUGAAGCUGAGCGCCACCGACACUCUACAGAACCUGACAGGCAGAAACAUCUCAGACUACCUGGUGAAAACCUAUGCUGAGAUCAUCGGCAAGAGUUUGAAGAACAAGGUCUGGGUGAAUGAAUUCAGGUACGGAGGCUUCUCAUUGGGUGCGAGGAGCACACAGGUCCUCCCACCGGCCAAUGAGAUCGACGACGCCAUUGAACGAGUCAGGAAGAUCUUUGAGUUACAGAAGGGCGCGGCUGCAGAUCGAUUCCUCGACAGUUUGUCAGGUUUCAUCAACGGUUUGGACACGAAGAACAAUGUGAAGAUCUGGUUCAAUAACAAGGGCUGGCACAGUAUCGGAGCGUUCAUCAAUGUGAUGAAUAACGGCAUCCUGAGAGCGAACCUUCCUGCAGGCAGCGACCCCAGCAAGUACGGCAUUAGUGCCUUCAACCACCCUCUGAACCUCACCAAGGAGCAGCUGUCCCAGGUCGCACUGGUAACCACCUCUGUGGAUGUCCUGGUGUCCAUCUGCGUGAUUUUCGCUAUGUCCUUCGUCCCAGCCAGCUUUGUAGUCUUCCUCAUCCAGGAGCGGGUCAGUAAGGCCAAACACAUGCAGUUCAUCAGUGGAGUGCAGCCACUGCUCUACUGGGUGGCCAACUUCAUCUGGGACAUGUGUAACUACGUCGUCCCAGCAGCGCUGGUCAUCUUCAUCUUCAUCUGUUUCCAACAAAAAGCCUACGUCUCCUCCACCAACCUGCCGGUGCUCGCCCUGCUGCUGCUGCUCUAUGGCUGGUCCAUCACUCCUCUGAUGUACCCCGCCUCCUUCUUCUUUAAGAUCCCCAGCACCGCCUACGUCGUCCUCACCAGCGUCAACAUCCUCAUCGGCAUCAACGGCAGCAUCUCCACCUUUGUCAUGGAGCUGUUCGGAAACAACGAAAUUGGAGGAAUCAACGACAUCCUGAAGAACGUCCUCCUCAUCUUCCCCCACUUCUGUCUCGGCCGAGGACUCAUCGACAUGGUGAAGAACCAGGCGAUGGCCGACGCCCUCGAGAGAUUUGGUGAGAACAGCUUCCGCUCUCCUCUGGAGUGGGACAUGGUGGGAAAGAACCUGUUUGCGAUGGCUGUAGAGGGAGUGGUCUUCUUCAUCAUCACCGUCCUCAUUCAGUACAGAUUCUGCAUCAAACCCAGGUCGGUCAGUACACUCACUAAACUGGGACCUCUGGGUGAGGAGGACGAGGACGUGGCCCGAGAGAGACAGAGGAUCGUCCACGGCCUCGGACACGGAGACAUCCUGGAGCUCCGACAGCUCACCAAGGUGUUUAAGAGGAAGCAGAAGCCGGCCGUGGACCAACUGUGUGUGGGGAUUCCACCUGGAGAGUGUUUCGGGCUGCUCGGGGUCAACGGAGCAGGAAAGACGACGACCUUUAAGAUGCUGACCGGAGACACGCUGGUGACCAGCGGAGAGGCCUUCCUGGCCGGGAAGAGCAUCCUGAGGGAGAUCGAUCAGGUCCAUCAGAACAUGGGUUACUGUCCUCAGUUCGACUCCAUCAACGAGCUGCUGACAGGAAGAGAACAUCUGGAGCUGUACGCCGUCCUCAGAGGAGUCCCAGAGAAACAAGUCUGUGACGUGGCAGAGUGGGGUAUCAGGAAGUUGGGUCUGGUGAAGUAUGCUGAUAAAGCAGCAGGAAGUUACAGCGGAGGAAAUAUGAGGAAACUGUCCACAGCGAUGGCUCUGAUUGGUGCUCCACCCGUCGUCUUCCUGGACGAACCCACGACCGGCAUGGACCCCAAAGCUCGCCGCGCCCUCUGGAACUGCAUCCACAGCGUCAUCAAGGAGGGACGCUCCGUCGUCCUCACCUCACACAGUAUGGAGGAGUGUGAGGCUCUGUGCACCAGGAUGGCAAUCAUGGUGAACGGCAGGUUCAGAUGUCUUGGCAGCGUCCAACAUCUGAAGAACAGGUUUGGUGACGGGUACACCAUCAUCUUGAGGGUGGCGGGGCCCGACCCCGACCUGCUGCCCGUCAUGAAGUUCAUCGAGAGUGAGCUGAACGGCAGCACGCUGAAGGAGAAACACCGCAACAUGCUGCAGUACCAGCUGCCCUCCUCGCUCACCUCGCUCACACACAUCUUCUCCAUUCUGGCCAAAAAUAAAGAGACGCUCAGGAUCGAGGACUACUCCGUCACUCAGACCACUCUGGACCAGGUGUUUGUGAACUUUGCGAAGGACCAGAGUGACGACUAUCACUCCAAAGACAACUCCGUGAGGCGGAAGGACGUCACCAUCGAGGUUCCCGCUCUGAGCUCGAGUCAGGGCAGCGCUGAGGGCGGGGCGGCGCUGAGGGAGAGCGUCAUGUGAUCAAGUUUUAGGAGGCUGGAGCUUCAGCCUGGACUCGACCUGCUGCAGAGGACGCCCCUUCCUCACCUGUCGUGAUGUCAUACUGAUUUGAAUACUAUGGGCGUGGUCACCUGCUGCCUUAUGCCAGUCAAUGCAAAUGAUUUCCUGCGGAGGCGCCAAGUGGCCCGCUGCCGCCGCUGACCGCCGUCACUGCCGGCCAGACUGAGUGUUAGAAAACUUGAAUAACGUGUUUCAUCCUCUAAUGAACUGUUCAGGGUCUGAUGAAGAAUCCAAAUCAUUUCAAACGGCCAAUUUUUAAAAAACGUUUGAUUCCGUUUUUAUCAGAGUUUAUUUAUAUAUCUGAGUAACUGGUUUUAUUUUAGCGAGGCGGCUUUACUGUUUCCUGUAGUGUUUAACAGCCAAUCAGAGCGCUCGAUGCAGAGCGCCGCACAGAGAAGAGUUAAUCUGAUUUUCUAGUUUUUGUAAGAAAAGGUGAUAAAGAGAUUUGUUAGUUUGGUGUGAAGCAGUGAAAUACCUCAGCAGCUCCUGGAAGCACACUACAGUAUUGAACAGUUCUCAAACAGCUGAUCAAUCGAUUGAUUGAUUGAUCCGAUCGAUCGUCUCUCCUUCACAUUCCUGAUCAGACUGAAGGAGCUUUAGCACUUUAUGUGUUCACACCAUCGGUUUGUCUUUGCACUGAAAUCCUCCAUAGCUAUUUGAUUCUCUGAUCAAUGACAGGAAGCGAUUGAUUAAUGUGACAGAGGAGAAGAAGAAGAAGAAGAACUGUUACUGGAGCUCAAACACACAAUAAAAUGAAACAAAUCCUC